AUGCGCUUCACCCGUUUCCUCGCGGCUCUCGCCGUUUCCUCGGCCGCCGGCUCUUCCGUCGAGCCCCGCGACCCGAAAAGGCUCUUCACCCUCGAGAUCGCGCCCGGACAGACCGUCACCGUCACUGAGGAGGAAAAGUGGGAGAUGAUGGAUAACCGUGUUCACUUCUUUGACAUCACCGAGUGGUCCGACGUCUCCGCCGUCACACCCUCCCCGGACUUUAAGCUCCUCGCGGCGCUGCCCUUCCCGACGGCCAUGAACCAGACGUGCCACGUCAACGCCCUGAUCCCCAAGCUCAGCAAGGAUAACAUGCGCACCCACCUCGAGCGCUUCUCGUCCUUCCACAACCGGUACUACCUCUCCUGGACGGGCGUCGAGUCCGCCGAGUGGCUGCACGGCCAGGUCAGCGCCGUCCUCGACGCCGCGGGCCACCCGACAGCCAACGUCCGCUACGUCCGCCACGUCGCCUGGUCGCAGCCCAGCAUCAUCGUGACGAUCCCCGGACAGAACCAGCGGACCGUCGUUGUCGGCGCCCACCUCGACUCCGUCAUCUCCGGAGACCGCGGCGCCGGCCGUGCACCUGGUGCUGAUGACAACGGCUCCGGCUCCGUCAUGAUUCUCGAGGUCCUCCGCGUCCUCCUCUCCGACAAGCGCAUCGCCUCGGGCGACCUCCUCAACACCGUCGAGUUCCACUGGUACGGCGCUGAGGAGGCCGGCCUGCUGGGCAGCCAGGACAUCUUCACGCAGUACCGCGCGCUCAACCGCCAGGUCGUCUCCAUGCUGAACCAGGACAUGGUCGGCUACGUCGGCCGCGACGGUGUCGAGCGCUUCGGCGUCGUCACCGACUGGACCGACCCCGACCAGGUCGCCUACAUGAAGCGCGUCAUCGAUGCCUAUACCGACAUUCCCUACGAGGAGACUGUCUGCGGGUACGCCUGCUCCGACCACGCCUCGGCGAACCGCAACGGCUUCCCAUCGACCUUCAUCUUUGAGACGCCGUUUGGGAACCACAACCCGUACAUUCACACGCCCAACGACACCAUGGAGCACGUCUCGUUCGAUCAUGCCCUGCAGCACGCCAAGAUGACGACGGGAUACGUCUACGAGUUGGCUUACUGGCCCUUUGCGUAG